AUGCUUGCAACCUGGACUCCAACCGAAAGGCUUGUUAUCUUUUUAUGUGAAGAUGGCACCUUAUUCUCGGAUUCGAUGGCCCCAAAAGAACAUUUAGGCAAUCGUAGUAAUCAUGAAUACCAUAAUUUUGGAAAGAUGCUCAUCUUCAAAUCUACAGGAGAAGACGUCUAUGCUACCUGCGAUAGUGAUAACAACGUUCCG